CAAGACCGCAUCUUCUGCUAUAUUCAACUAACAACUCAGAUUGACAUUCUCCUCUGCAGCUUCUUCUCCAGAUUCCGUGGCCAUAUUCCAUUUCCUCCAUUUCUUUUAAUUCAAUCUUCGGCACUUCAAUGGCUCCCAUUCCGAGUAAUUUCUUCUGCAAUCAAUUAUGAUCCAAUAAAAUCAUGUCUCGGCGGGUCCUGGAACUUGACACACUCCAUCUGACCGUUCCGGACCACCUUCUGAAGCUGUCCGUCGUCUCUGCCGCUGACAUUCGGAUUCCACGGAGCAUCUCCAGCCUAGAAGACUCUGCGCUCGUCAAAGCACUGACAUCAGGAAGUUUGUGGGUAUCUCGUGGCGUAGCAUGCCGUCUCGACGUUCAGGUUCUCCUCAACGGUAAGCCAUUGGACAAAGAUGGGCGUGUCAACCUCCUGGAGAGUUUGGGGUACCGACUUCGUGAUGCUCAACUUUGGUCUUUACUAUCGCUGUCGGCUUCUCUUGAUGUUUGGCGGGGCGAUGGCACGGUGGACUCGGUACCUGGCCUCUCGAUCAAUGUCAACCAUGGCUUGCAGACUCCGACCCCACCAACCCGACAUCGAGCAUGGGUACUGGAUACUUUCGAUAUCAAGCCCCCAGAUAGCGUCCUUUGUGCCGAGUUCGAAAGGAUGCAAAUCCAGUUCGAUUUUCUCGAGAUUCGAAAGAAGACAAAACCUAUCAAAAGGGUCAAGACCAAUGCAGAACAAUUUGAUAUCGAGGAAGAGAUGCUGCUGGAUCUUGCUCCGAGUUUGAAAGGACAUGGGAAUGUGGAUGAGUUGGUCCAUGCCGUUGCAAGGAUGGGAGACCUCCCCACCGUAAUAUCACGAUGCUUCGAACCAAAGUUGGAGAUUUGGGACGAGCCUGGUAUUAUUCAGAAGUCUCCUUUGCCUUACUCGACACAACAUCAAGAUCCGCCCAUAACUGGGCUAGGACAUUAUAUUAUUGAGCAAAAUGGGAAGGUUAGUGGAAGCAAGAACGGGCGGACACGGCACCCAACGGCCACAAUUGAAAUUUUGAAUGCAUGGCUCCAGGCGAAUAGAGACAACUUGCACCCUUCUAAUACACAGACAGUGGAAAUUAUGAACAGGACUGGUCUAAGGAGCACCCAGGUCAAAAAUUGGUUCAAGUAUCAACGAAGAAAGAUCCGAAAAGACUGUGCAGUCCCCGAAGACCAAAUGCUGCUAGCGCAGGGGGAAGACGGUGCAUCCGCACGGCAAGUGGUUGAUCGGGAGGAGGAUGACAUGCUAUUCUCACCAGCCACCGACAAUACGCCUUCUCUCACAUCUCAAUCCUCCUCCGUUGCUUCAUCUGCUCUCUCUACCGGCGAGAAAGAGCUGGCACUCAAGCGUCCAUCUCCAGAUGACGAUACGGUGUUACUGGACAAGUUAAAAGCUUGCGACCUUGGAGAAGCCGCAAUUCAUAUAUUGACCAGCGGGUACGUUAGUCGUGGCUUACGAGGACCUGGCGGCAUCCAGGUCGAGAAGCCCCCUCCCAUUUUGUCAUUGGCCCGCCUAGCACCUUCUACUUUUUGUCCAGGGUUCAAAGAGUCCAUGGCACACAACGCCCAUUUCCUUCUAUCAAUAUCCCAUGCCAUCUCUGUCUCUUGGCCCCGAAAUAUUCAAUCACCAACUCUGAGAGAGAAACUCCUCAGAUUAGAACAUUCUCGUACUUCGUCACUAACAAACGAAAGCCGGAUUGAAGAUUGGGGGCAAGGAGCAACGGCGCGACUAACAGCGGUCGUGCAAUCGAGAUUAUGGGGCAUGAUGCAAAGGAAAUUAUACGACCCGUCCGAUACCGCGAAGAUAUGGAGGAAGACCUCGCUGCAGGAUAAUCCAGUCCAGGAGGAUGAAUGUCCCGAUUUACUCGAGACAAUGGGAGAGCCAGACGAGAUGGGAGAUCAAGUGGCCACAAAACGUGACGACUUUGAUGAGGAUGACGCCGAUGAGUUUGACGAUCUACUUUCCAGGGAUGACGAUGACUUAUUGGAGUAUAUGGAGGAGCGUGAGAGAUUAUCUGUUGAGCGUGAGACGGAGGAAAUGCUUUUCGGAAGUGGAUGGGAUGAAGACGAUGCAUAUUUGUUAGAUGAUGAAGCUGGAAGCGAUGCUAUGCUUCUGUAGAUACAAUGAAAGAUCUACGUUUCAGUGGCCGCGUUCCCCGCCAUUCGGGUUCCAGGUCUCCCUUACCAAAAUUAAUAGAGAUGAAGUCAGUCC